AUGAGCCGGGGCGCGCGCUGCGUGCCGCAGCUGCUGCGGCUGCCGCUGCUGCUGCUGCUGCUGUCGCUGUCCCUGCUGCUGGUCACCGCACUGGCGUCCGCCGACACCGCUGGGCAGACGCAAGUGGCGGGCAACGCGCUCGGCGCCUACGAGGAGACGUGCCGGCCCGGGAAGGUGUUCCGGCGGGCGUGCAACUACUGCGUGUGCCCCGGCAGCGGCCUACGCAGCCGAGCUACCUGCACCACCAGACUCUGCCACCUGCCGACGCCCGCCGCCGCCGCAGCCGCCGCGCAUCGCCGCUUCAGGAGGGCUCGAGGCAACGCGGAGCGCUGCGCCCCCAACAUCCGCUUCAUGGACGACUGCAACCUCUGCAUCUGCUCCGCCGACGGCAUCAAGGCUCACUCGUCGUGCACGUUCGCGCAGUGCCCCGGCAAGCCACGUUAGUGUCACUAGCGACCCCCCCAAGCACCUCAGUGCCUGAACACGCCCUGUCGUUACCCGUAUCAUGUACCCCAUAGUCACUAAUGAACCACACGCAAGCACCUACAAGCAUAUAAACACAAAAGCAGAUGUUCGUUAUAAAAACAAAACGUAUGCACAGUGCAAAAGUGAAGACGCUUAACAUAAAAAAAUCGGUAACUCGAACUAGUUAUACGACCCCUACAAAAUCAUUUUAUACAUUUCCUUUCUUCUAAAACGAAACAAUACUCGUUCAAGAUUUCUACUACUGCGAUAUCAUCCUCACACCUUGACUCGUUUUAUAGUCACACCGAACAAAGAAAAUAGUGGUUGCCACUGCUAACAUUUUACUACUUUUCUUUGGUUGCUGCUAAUGACAAAACUUGUGAGUUACCUUCCGACUUCAGUUAUAAGUUUGUCGACAUCAUUGAAUACUGUAACUGAAUCUUUUGUGUUCUUCUGCUUUUUAAAUGUUGGUGCUGUAAUAUACUUUUCAGAUCAACAUUUGAGUAAUCACGCCGGUAACAAACCGCUAUUUUGGUUACAAUCAAAAUAAAUCUACUUAAAAUAUUUGAAGAAAAAUGGAGGUCGAAAACGAAAAUCUGUAGAUAGCUUGGUUUUUAUUACCCUAUACCAUUCACACAAAUUAAAAAUAGACAUCAUAUUAUAGCAAUGUUUAAGAAUAGUGCGUUCAAGCAAGGAAAAAAAGUUUGAGAACAGUUAAACUCAAAGAUGCCUUGCUUGUUUGCUUCUAACCACUUAGUCUCAAUGCGUUUCCACAUCAGGACCUUAAUACUGUGAAGAAAUGUUGCACUUGGAAAACAAAUAUGUAGUGAUUUCUUUUCUUUUUCAAAUUCAGUUUGGUUUGAAUGCUUAAAGGGAGGCAUAAGAAAUUUUCGUGAAGUUACAUCGGGUCAUUUCAAGUUUACUGUGCCUUCAGUAAUUAAUGAGCGAAAGAUGUCGUCAAAGCCUUCGAAACAGGUUUCGCUGUUUUGCUAAUAAAAUUUCAUCGUCUGAGAGACAUUCACGUUUCUUUCCGUAUGAACUGUUCAAUAAUCAAACUUCAUCAUCUUUCCAUAUGAACUGUUCAACAGGAAAGGACACUUCAGCCUGUUCCUUCAGGAGGUUAUGAUUGUGCAGGAUUCUACUCCAUUGGCAAACGUGCUACAGUACAGUUUGCCACAGUGUGGUAAGAUGAAGAUCGCAAAGACCUUUCAGUUAUCUCAGUUUCUUUGAAGUGCUGCCCAUACAGUCGCAAAUCUAAUUUUUGUCUCUAUCAUGAUCCCAUUUGUCUGCCAAUUGGCGCGUUAGGCACUUUAUUUUUCAAGUUCAUAAUCACAGUGGCAGUUUUCUUCUUGGUAAUAACUAUAUCAAGGAACAGUAUGCUGGUUCAGUAACACAUUGAUCAAUGACAUUUUCAUUUUUAUUGGUAUUCUGAGCGUUAUACAUGGAUACGCAGCAUAUGAUAGUCAUUUCUGAAAAAAGAACUUGUGAGAGACAAUAAAUGUUUCAAAAAUUUAUAUUAGUUACAUACAGGUCGCAAGGUCCUAUUCUCGUGUCGUGUAUAAGGAUUCUCAUUACUAAUAUUGUUUCUAAACUGACUUUUUAAGCCAUCACAGAAAAAUAUUUACAAAUACAGGUGUUACAGACCAAAUUUCGACAUUUCUGACAUUGUUUUAGCCUUUCAUCGACAAAUUAAUGUCUCUGCAGCAUGACACAGUAAAUACAACGUCCCUUCAAAUCUAGGCACAGCUGCUACGACAGAGUAUUCCUAAUUUGAAGGCUCUUCAUUGGACAUCCAUGAGAUGUAGUCUGUUUAAUGCAGCCACAGCAGUCUGUCAGCAUCUGUAUCUGUAGGUUUUACUAAGAUCUUUUUUUAUGCAACAAACCAUCCCAAAGUGAAAACAGUUCGCUUUCAGUAAGAGUAGGUGAACAUAUAAGCCAGUUAAGGCAAAUGUAGACUUUUUUUAUUCUUUCAGGACGCAACAUCAUAAUAUGCAAGCAAAUUUCAGUUCUCUCACACUCAAAUACAUGCAGUUCUCAGACGCCAUACACAUACAUUUUCACUGACAGUAAAAUAUUUGAGCGCAAUUUACACAAAAUGUUCUUUCCGUCAGUGUUUAGAUCCAACUAUGUUCCAGACUAUCUAUGUAUCAUGAAUUAAUGAUGAGCCACAUUAUUUUUCCAUCAGGAGAAGAUUUGGCUUUUACCAGGUAAAUGGAUCCGUUCACUCAUUCUGAAAAGGAAGGCCAUUGUUAAGUUCAUUUAGCUUUUUGCACUUUGCUCAGUAACAGAUAGAAACAAUUUACAGCAUAAAAACUAUUACCAAAUUGCGUUUAAUCUGUAACUCUGUAUUUCUACAAUGUAAUUCAUAUUUAUACUUAAAAUUUUUGCACAGCAUUUACUUGCUUCAAACAUCAAUGCUAUUGAUAUAUUACUUCAGUUCCUCUCAAACGUUCCUCAUAAGCGUUUCACUGUUUCUUAGUAGUGGAACACAAGAAAAUAUUCAGAGGUAAUCAGUCCUCAGCAAAACUACUACACACAGCACUUUCCUUGGUAUUAUAAAUUAUUGCAAAUGAUAGCUUAUGCCUGUGAUAACACUAGCUUUAAAAGUGUGUAACAGCUGUUCAAAAAGUAAUAUUAUAUGUGUAAGUAUGUUAAAAUUGUGUGCUACAUUGUAACAAUCACUUCUGCACUUCCAAUGAACUUUUAUUACCUGAUGAUAAAAUAUUUAACAACAUUUAUAACAUUAACCUAUUUGUAUAAUUGUUUGAUAACAGUUUUAACAUGGAAAGAAAUGUGGGGGCCAGUAAACUGCAUGUGACUUCAACUCAAUGCAUGGUGCACGACUUAACACUAUAACGUAAUGGGUAAGAAUAACAUCACAUUAUUUGUGGUUGCCACUGUGUUGUCUGGUGCAAAUUGCAGAACAGAAGGGCUCAAGUAUCAUAAAAACAGGACGAUUAUGUUAUACUCUGCUCAAUAUAAUGGCCAACUGGGAGCUUUAAAUAUAAACAUAUUUACAAUAAAAUCACUUAAUAUUGCUAACUAUGUGUACAGAUGACAAUGUGUUGAAAUAAUGUAAAGUCUCUGAAAAUACGUUUAGCUGUAAAUAAAGAAGGUACCCACUGCUUUUUUGCAUAUCUGACUUACUUAUUAUUCUUACAGUAUAAAGACUACACUGUCUACUAGCAUUCUUCUGUGAUGACUGUGAAUUAAAUUACAUUCUGCUAUAAACGUAUUGCUGUAAAGAGAAAGUCUGUAAAUUCUGAAAUCAUACGUAAAAUAACUGCAAUUUUUACCACUAAGUUUUAAGAUACAAUAAGUUAUUGUACUAUCACAAAAAAUAGAAAAAGUUGUAUUUUGUUGCUUGUGGUGUAUCCUUGUAAAGUUAUAUUAUAUAUAAAUAUAAUAUAUAAAAUGUAUUAAA